AUGACAGGUAAUUGUUUAUUGACUAUUUGGGUUGGGAUUGAGAUUCCUAAGGUCGAAGUUAGAUUCCAGAAUUUUUCGAAUGAGGGAGAUGCACAUGUAGGAACUAGAGCUCUUCCAACUAUGUUGAAUUCCAGUCUUAACAUGAUUGAGGGAAUCAUUGGAAAGAUUGGACUCUCUCCAUCAAAGAAAAGAGUGGUUAAGAUACUCCAAGGUGUGAGUGGUAUAGCAAGACCUUCAAGGUUUACUUUACUUCUUGGUUCGCCUGGAUCUAGAAAAACAACAUUACUAAAAGCACUUGCUGCAAAACUUGAUGAUGAUUUAAGGGUUUGUGCUCUUCUCUUAAUACUAGUCUGAUGUAUUAAAAUGUUUACAAGUUUUGUUAUUACGUCUAUACUAAUAACUUGCGUUUGACUUUGACAAACAAGUAUCUGGAAAAGUGACAUACUGUGGCCAUGAAUUUGAAGAGUUUGUACCUCAGAGAACCUCUUCUUGUAUUAGUCAACAUGACCUUCACUAUGGUGAGAUGACAGUCCGUGAAACUUUGGAUUUUUCGGGGCGGUGCUUAGGAGUUGGUACAAGGUAUGACUUGCUGGUAGAGUUGUCUAGACGGGAAAAAGCAGCUGGAAUUAAACCAGAUUAUGAGAUUGAUGCCUUCAUGAAAGCCACAGCUAUGGAAGGCCAAGAAACCAAUUUGAUCAAUGAUUAUGUUCUAAA